AUGCCUGCGUGGGUUCUUUUUCCAACUCUGGCAAAAACCACUUUCCUUCUCCCCGUCCCUCCACAUAUGCAUUGAUUCUUUCGGUAUCCUGCACCUUCCCUAGGGCUAAAAGCCUGAGCCUUCCUUACAGCGCUGAGACCAAGAGAGAAAGGGAGGCUUGCCUCCUUGGGUCUAACUCUGCUUGAUCCCCUGGGCAUCUUGUCCCCUAACUGGGAGAUUUCUGCUGCUUGGAACCACGGCUGCCCGAUGCCUUCUGUUGGAUAGCACCUUCUCCUCCCCCUUCCGCACUCCACUGCCUGCAGGAAAUUGGAAUGACACACACACGCCCAAACACUUCUGAUCCCUCUGAGACGCAGUGGGCACUGCUUUGGAAGCCCAGGCUCACCCACGUGGGAACGGAGAGACCCACCCCCGGAUUACGGCUGGAGCCAAGGACAUGCCGGGGUUGAAGAGAUACGAAGUGGCGCUGGAGGCAGAAGAGGAGAUCUAUUGGGGCUGUUUUUAUUUCUUCCCUUGGUUGCGGAUGUGGCGAAGGGAAAAGAGCGCAGCACCCCCCCAGAGGCAGAAGCUGGAACCCCUUCCCCGGCUAGUGAGCUGCCUGUCCAGGGGCUUGGGCCCCCACCCUUCCAGGCGAAGCAGUCCCCGCCAUCCGGCAGUGCCGCCCCGGGGGACCCAGCAAGCAUCAGUCUAUCGGGCCGGGGCCCAGCCGCUCCCCAGCAGUGCCGUGGAGUAAAGGAUUUAACCUGGAUCCUGACUCUGCCAGCCAGUCUCUGCCGCUGCCGCUGUUGGGUGGGGGGAGGGAAGAGGAAGGGAACCACCAUGUGUGCGGACUGGGUUUGGUGCUUAUGUUUCCCUUACCCCAAGGGGAAGGCUGUGGGUUUGAGAGAAUCGUUACCUUUCUUCUUUCACUCUUCUCCUACCCCUUCGAGCUGCAGCAGUCCCCCCUCCUCCCCAAAUCAAUGUCGUUGACCUCAUCAGGGACACCUCAUCAGUAUCAGGAAUCCCCCUUCAAGGGGCCACCAACCAGUAUCACCAAUCGCCCUCAUCAGUGAUCCCCAAUUAGUACCUGCGACCCAUCCGUGAAAUUCAUCAGAAGCACUCCAUCUGUGAACCACCAUCAGGGAUUUCUAUUAGCAAAUAGACAAUGUCACGGAAUCCCUGAGUGAGGAACUUCUUUUGGCCUCAGUUUCUUCAUCAAUAAAGUGAGGGGGUUGAACUAGAUAAUCUUUAAUGGCCCUUCCAGUUCUAAAUCCUAUAAUUCUAUAAAGUGUGGGGAAAUGAAACACGUCUACAACGGACUGGUACCACACAGUUCUAUUCAUUCCCUAGCCCCGGUAUUGACAACUUGCAACCACUACCAGCGACGGCCACAAGGAGCAAACCAACCUUUUUUCUACUCAGUUCCUGGAAAACUAUUUUGGUUUAAAGUU